AUCCCCCAUCCUUCCUCUCCUCUCCUCUCUAAAAAAAUAACAAAUAGACAAAUAGCGCAGGCACCGAGGGCGGACACACACUGACGCCCACAGCGACCCGUUCGAUGCCCAUCGUUCCCACUCUUUUCUUCCCUUUCGUCCCUUUCGUCCCUUUCGUCUCUUUCUUCCCUUUCUUCCCUUUCUUCCCUUUCUUCCCUUUCUUUGCUCCCCUGCCUCCCUCUUUGUUUCCCUCAUCAUUGGUCUGCAUUUUUUUCCCUUCUUCAUUGCUCAGUCUUCGUUGUUCAAAUCGCCAUAUCACUAUAUCACUAUUGGUGUCGUCCCUCGACCUUCAUUCCCCCGCCCUUUAAUCCCCCCCCUUCCUCCUCCUGUGUUCUCAGCCCACAUCCUUUAUUCACACUCACUCAUCGUCAAGUCUCACUCGGUGUUCACUCCCCUCCCCAUUGCUGAUUACCUCUGAACCAAACCCUGAUCAGAAGACACUUCCCCCAAAAACAUGCUUCCUGCUCAGGAUCUGGUCGCACUGGCCAGGCACGAGAACACAAAUAAUGAGCCCCCGACACAGGACAAGAUCUUCAAUGUCCUCACAAGACGGCACCAGCUGGGGCUGCCUUACACCCGCAUCGGCACUUCUACAUUGAUCGCCUUGAACCCAAACCAGGCCCUCAACAUCUACACCGAGGCCACUGGCCAGCAAUAUAUCGAUCAGGCAAUGGGAAGUAGCAGUAACAGCAGCACCAAUGCUCCCUCCAUAACCGCCUCGACCUCCUCCCUCGAGCCACAUGUGUAUGAGUUGGCAAGCACGAUCUACUACCACAUGCGGAGAACCGAGCUGGACCAGGGCGUUGUUCUGAGCGGUAUCACCGGUUCUGGAAAGACCACGUCCCAGCGCUAUCUGGUCCAGCAACUGAUCCGUCUUGGCACAAAGAGCAGCCAGACCUCAAAGAUUGGGACCCAGGUCAGAGCCGCAACCGACAUCCUCGAGGCCUUUGGCAACUGUCCCUCAGACCAUGGCCCGAAUGCUUCCUGUCACUCCCUGUAUCUGGAGCUUCAAUUCAAGGCUCGAGGACGACUCUUUGGCGCAAAACUUCUUCCUUUCAUGCUCAACCAAGACAAGGUUACCAAUGCGCAGAGCCACUUGGGAUCAUUCCAGAUUUUUUAUUCUAUGUUCAAGGAUGUCUCCAGCGAGGACCGGAGGCGACUUCGACUCGGCAACAACAUCACGGACUAUCCUUACCUGCCAUAUCGCCCUCACAUGGAACACAUGACCAACAACCGGGAUCUCACACCAGCGUUUGCAGCAAUGGGUUUCAAGCCAAAGGCAAUCUCGCAGAUCUGGCAAUUACUUGCCGCUAUUUUACACUUGGGCAGGAUCGAUUUCAUUGACUCUUCGGAAGGCCCGACGCUCAUGGCGACCGUGCCGCGCCAGAAGCACAUUUUUGACCUUGUAGCCGAUCUGCUCGGCGUCGAAGAAGAUGCGUUGCAACAGGCUCUUUCAUACAAAAGAAAAAUGAUUUCAGGGGACAUGUGCACGGUGAUUCUUGACUCUGCUUCUGCCAAAAAGCAAUGCGACAGCCUGGCCCGUGCACUCUAUAGUCUGCUGUUCACCUACAUGGUUGAGGCUAUGAACACACAGAUGUGUCGGCGACAGGAAGAUCAAGUUUCAUUCAUUGGAAUUCUGGAUAUGCCUGGAUUUGACAGCCAUUCGCCCACUGGAUUCGAGAACUUUUGCACCAACUUUUGCAACGAGGCUCUCCAGGGAUUCCUGCAGCAAAAGCUUUUUAUCGAGGAUGUUCAGACCAUGGCCACGGACGGUCUUCAGGUUUUCGAACCCCUCCUGAAUGAGAAAAACCAGGAAACUAUCGACCUCCUCUGUGGACUCGACACUCUGACGGAUGCAUCCCCCAGAGGUUUAGUCCGCUUCCUUCAUGACUCCACAUUGAAGACAAGCAAACAAUCCGGCGAUGCAGAGUCAAUCUCCAUGCUCCCUGGAUUGAACCGCACGUUCCAGUCCAACUCCUCGUUCAUCAGUGGAUCGACCUACGCAUCGUCCUUUGGAAUCCGUCACUACACAGGAGAUGUGCACUACAACCUGGAGUCAUUCUUCAUCAAGAACCAGGAUAUUCUAUCGCCUGAUUUUGUAUCGUUGUUCCAGACAUCCACCAGCCCCUUCAUGCUGCAAAUGCUCGAGUCCAACCCAGCACUCGUGAUGGAGAGCCAUCCCCGAUCCAAAGAAACGAUUGUCAAAGCACAGCUGUCGACAAUGCCCAUGCGUCAGCCAAGUGUUAGGAAGCCCAAGCAGGCACAGGUCCAAGCCAGGAGGAGAGGAAAGGCGCAGAACGAGGUCUCUACUGUCAUCAAGCAGCUCCACUCGACCCUCAGGGAUAUCUGUACAUCCCUGGAUGGCACCCAGAUCUAUCAAGUCAUUCACAUUCGCCCCAACAACAGGAUGAUGGAGGGUCUUAUCGAGUGUGACCCAGUCAUAGUGCGUGCGCAGAUCGAAUCCUAUCAACUGGCCAUUCAUGUGCAAUCGAAGAUGCAAGCCGAGUACUGUGUCUCCUUUGAUCAUGGAUCGUUCCUGCAGCGAUACCGAGUUCUCUUCGAGCGAUGGGGUUUCAACAUCGACCAAAAUGCCUCGGAUGUGGAGCGGUGCAGAGCCGCAGUUGGCCUGUUGAAUUGGGAGAUGCCAUUGGAUGGCGCUGUCGGGAAUGAGUACGUCUGGAUGUCGCUUUCUACGUGGAAGACGCUUGAAGAUGGAUGUAUGGCUAUCGAGAAGACUGAAGGAGGGUCCUUGGCCUUUGAAGUCGAUGCGGACGAGCAGCGUGAGUUUUCCAACCUGAUGUUACCACCAGCAAAGGCAUACCAGCGCCCGGGCGAGGAACUGAAUGCCAAUACCCAACUUUUAUCAAGCAAGCGAUCAAGUGCACAGUCAACCGCCUCUGACUACUCGGACGCAUCGCAUGCCUCGAACACGUACCCGGCAGCCCAGUCCAGAUUUGCUGGCUCCGAUCAAAGAUUCCAACACUUUGGUAACGAUUCAGAGUCCCAAUUCUUUGAUAACAAGACCGUUGGUACUCCAGGAUCGGAGAGUGAGAGACAAUUGAUGUUCCAAGGACACGAAAAGGGUGAGUCGGAAAUCAGGAGGAAGCCUACGUUGGCCCUCAAUCGCACCAAAGCCGACGAGUCAGUGCAGCCUCCCAAAGCCAGGACAAAGACACGCCGCAUUUGGGUUUCUUUUGUAUGGCUGAACACGUUCUGGAUCCCGUCAUUCUGUCUUAGUCUGUGUGGAAGGAUGAAGCGCCCAGAUAUCCAGAUGGCAUGGCGCGAGAAGGUCACUCUGUGCCUGAUAGUCUUUUGGCUAUCGGCAAUCGUCAUCUUCUUCAUCAUUGGUCUGCCCAAGGUGAUCUGCCCAACGUUCAAUGAGAUGUACAAUCCGGACCAGAUCCAGUACCAUACCAAUGAAGCGGACUUUUGGGUCUCGGUCCGGGGAACUGUGUACGAUAUCUCCAAGUUUGCUAGGAACGACCACUCAGGAACACAUUCGGGCCAAUACCCAUCUUCACCACCCUACAUGGCCAAUAUCGCUGGGCUCGAUCUGACUCCUUUGUUCCCAGUGGAUUUCCGCUGGGCGUGUCCCAAUCUUGUUACCGCUCCCCUACUGUUGCUCCCAAAGGACCCCAUUCAAAAUCUGGGAAUGCCGAUACAUGGACCCUCGUCUACUAACGGGGAUACUAGUCUUCCAUGGUACAGCGAUCCAGAGUUUUAUCCGAACACUGCCUUGCCCAAGCUGAACACCAUGAAGAAGGGGAUGAUCGCUAUCAAGCCAGAGGACUUCACGAACCAAACGGGUCCCAACACCUGGGCCAUGAUCCAUGACAAGAUUUAUGACCUUACUACGUAUAUUGUGAACGCGAACCCACCCAGUGGAUUCAUCCCCGACCACACAUUCCAGCCAUUCCUCGACAAAUCGGUCGUCGAUCUCUUCAUAAACAACCAGGGCACCGACAUUACCAAGCAGUUCAAGCAGCUCCCCCAACAGCUGCAGGCUGAUACAUUCACCUGUCUCGAUCGAGCGUUCUAUGCCGGCGUCCUGGACGAGCGCAAUACCGUUAAGUGUCAAUUCGGUAACUGGGUCCUGGUUGCAGCUUCCGCACUGAUGGGAGGAGUUAUUUUGAUCAAGUUUUUGGCUGCUCUGCAGUUGACCUCCAAGCGGGAACCCAUCCACUACGACAAGUUCGUCAUCUGUCAGGUCCCAUGUUACACCGAGGGCGAAGACUCGCUCAAGAAGACUCUCCAGUCCCUUGCAGCACUGGAAUACGACGACAAACGCAAGUUACUGCUAGUUAUUGCGGAUGGAAUGAUUAUUGGAUCUGGAAAUGAGCUGCCGACUCCCAAGAUUGUGCUUGAUGUCUUGGGCUGGCAGCCAACGGAGGGCGUCGAGGUCGAGCCAGUUACAUACAAAGCCCUGGGCCUCGGUGGUCAGCAGCUCAACGCCUGUAAGGUGUACUCGGGACUUUACGAGUUCGAGGGACACCUGGUUCCGUACCUGGUUGUCGUCAAGGUCGGCAUGCCCAACGAGACGAGCAAACCCGGAAACCGUGGAAAGCGCGACUCCCAGUUGAUUUUGAUGAACUUCUUGAACAGUAUCCACACUGGCAAGAAGAUGUGUCCUCUCGAGCUGGAGAUGUAUCACCAUAUGAAGUAUGUCAUCGGAGUUCACCCGAAUCUCUACGAGUACAUCCUGCAAGUUGAUGCCGAUACAGAGGUCAUGCCUGAUUCGCUGAACCGACUUGUCGCAUGCAUGGUUGCCGAUUCCAAGGUCAUUGGACUCUGCGGAGAGACCCAGGUUGCAAACGAGGAUAAUUCUUUCACGACCAUGAUCCAGGUCUACGAGUACUACAUCUCUCAUCACCUAGCAAAGUCGUUCGAGUCCCUGUUUGGAAGCGUCACCUGUUUGCCUGGUUGUUUCUCCAUGUACCGUAUCUUGACCGUCGCCGGAAAGCCCUUGAUCGUGUCGAACAACAUCUUGCGCGAUUACAGCCACAACGAUGUUGAUACGCUCCACAAACGCAACUUGCUGUCUCUGGGUGAGGAUCGGUACCUGACGACGUUGAUGAUGAAGUACUUUCCUGGAUACAAGCUCAAGUUCACGCCGGACGCCACCUGUAAGACUGUUGCCCCCGACAGAUGGAGGGUGCUCUUGUCUCAGCGUCGUCGCUGGAUCAACUCUACUAUCCACAACCUGGGCGAGUUGAUGGUGCUCUCUGAACUCUGCGGAUUCUGUUGCUUCUCGAUGCGCUUCAUUGUCUUUAUUGAUCUUUUGGGAACGUUGAUCCUUCCUGCCUCGUUCGUCUACCUGGUUUACCUAAUCGUUGUGGUCGCUACCCAUUUACAGCCUCUGCCGAUCGUAGCCGUGGCGAUCUUGGCUGCCGUGUAUGGUCUACAGGCCCUCAUUUUCAUACUCAAAGGUGCUUGGCAACAUAUCGGAUGGAUGAUCAUUUACAUCAUUGCGAUGCCCUUCUUCUCGGUGUUUAUUCCUCUGUACUCGUUCUGGCACUUUGACGACUUUUCCUGGGGUAACACUCGUCAGGUGGUUGGAGCAGAUGGCAAGAAGACGGUUAUGGCUGCCGACGCUCAGACGCGCUUCGAUCCCAAUUCCAUCCCGCUCAAGAGUAUGGAGGCCUUUGAGGCUGAGAGGAUGAUGCAGUUGGAAGGAAGCGGCUACUAUAACACACAUGAUGGAUCGGGCUCAGUGGUGGGCAGCAGCUACCAGGACGAGACGGGAUCGACGAUCAUGCACUCACGAUACGACCACUCGACCUUACUUGGUAACGGCAUUCAAUCGAACCAGUACAGCAGACUGGACUCUCUUCACGGACGGUCGCCUUCGCCUUACUUUGACCACGACGGCAGCAAGAGUGUGAUCUCUGGUUUUGGCGGUGAUGAAUUGGCGCACGACUACUAUCGGGACUCGAACGCGAUCGAUCUCCGAUCUGGACGCCAAUCUCGCCUGCCUUCGCAGACUCCCACAGGCUAUAUUUCCGCCACUGCAGGGGGACACCUUCGCUCGGCCUCACCUUCGCCUGCACAGUUCUAUGCCGAACAGCAACAAGGGCCUGGUCUUGGACCGUUUAUGGACUCACAGGGAAUGCUCAUGCCUGGACAACGAAGCCCAUACGUGUCACAGCACCAACCACAGCAGCGUGCGCCCGGCGACAUGAUCGAAAUGAAUCAAUUUGCGGCACCAAUCGGCCUCGGAGUCGCAAACAUCGGUAUGGGAACCCCAGUCAUGAGCUCACCAGGCCUGGUAGCUGUACCUAUGAUGGGAUCUCCUCAACUGCAACAGCAGCAACUGUAUAACGCACAUUUGGAGCAACAGCUUCAACAGCAACAAAUGCAGCUCCAGCAGCAGCAGCAACAGCUUUUGGCGCAACAACAACCCCUUGGGAUGUCGACCCCGAUGAUGAUGGGUAUGGGCUCUCCAAUGCAGCCACCAUCGCACCAGCUUGGCGGCUUCCCUGUGACGACAAUGGGAUCUCCACUGCUGAGCACAAAUCAGCUGCAUAUGAUGGGCUCCCCUGCGCUGUCGACGAUGUCCUCGCCCCGUAGCGGUUCAGUUGUUACGGGAGCAAGUGGUGGAGCUGGAGCUGGAGCUGGAGCUGGAACUGGAACUGGACCGACGGAUGCGGAGCUGGUGAGCAAGAUCCAUGAGCUACUCCAGGGCGUGGAUCUGAUGACGGUUACGAAGAAGAAGAUCCGACAGCAGCUGGAGGGUGUUUAUGGAAUCGACUUGACACUUAGGAGGGAUUUUAUUAGCAGAGCGAUUGAUGUGGAGCUGCAGGAUCUUAACACGGCCUCGUUGACGUCGACACCUCCGUUGUAAAAAAAAAAAUCAUCAUCAUCAUCAUCAUCAUCAUCAU